GAAAAUGAACCUUUGAACGGCAGUUCUCAUGGAGUUUCAUCUUCGCCUAGUAAAAUGGAUAGUUUAGGCCCAUCGACCUCUUCCCUGCCUCCAAUGGAACCAGCAGGUGUAUUAGAGAAUCUUAGAGUUGAUGUUGUAGAUAGUAAUUCCUGCCCACAAAUGGAUAUGUAUAUGAGAAAUCGCGAUCUGGUGCGUAAAAUCUAUGCAAACUUUUCAAAUCCCAAAGGUCUGUGCCUCAUUAUCAACAACGAGAAUUUCGCGUCAAUGCCCCGACGACAAGGGACCGAGAUCGACUGUGUCAAUCUCAAAAAUUUAUUCGUUCAAAUAGGCUACAAAGUGAUAAUUGAAAAUGAUCUUACAUGUAAGCUCAAAGAACCCGAGAAAGUCGAUACUCUGAAUUUGGUAGGAUAUUGA